CUCGCCUUCCCUCCCUUCCGGCCUACGUGCUCGCUCGCAGACACGAAACCCUGCCCCAGCGACUUCCGCUCCUCCAGAGGGCGGACCGGGCUGGACGCCACCCGGUGCUACGUGCCCAGCUCUGCACGCAGCAUGGCCGCCGCCCCAGGGCAGCAGCGAAGCCUUCCGCCCUCCCCGCGCCUCGCCUUCACUGCGCACGCGUGCCAGGGCCGCCGGGGCUUCGCUCUGAAGGGGGCGGAGCCAGGGGGCCCUCGAACUGGCCAAUCAGCUGGCGGGGCCGCGCAGAAGGCUCCUCCCCUCCCUCUCCCCCCGCCCACUGCUCCCGGGCUCCUCGCUGCACGUGUCUGUGUUUGGGUAUGUGAGGCCGCCGCCGGGCUGGGAAAACGGCGCCGUGGAGAAAUAGACCGUGGGGCGCUCCCGGGCUAGGGAGCGGCGGGGAGGAGCCGUCCUGCUAGUCCCGGAGAGCUUUAAAUUCCCCCACGUUGGGGCAGUCCCGUGCACUCUUACCUGCCAGUGUGCAGCCCGUGUAGCCUCUGUGCACUCCCGGGGACUCCUGUCAUCUGCUUUAGGUGGGCGAUGCUGUUGCUUAAUUGCAACCUGGAGGAUGAUGGCCUCAAGAAUUUGCUGGAGACAGGAGCAUCAGUCAACGCACCCCCAGAUCCCCAGGAGCAGUCGCCUGUUCACCUAGCUGCAGGUGGCGGCCUUGCUUGCUUUCUUCUCUGGCAGCUGCAAACAGGGGCUGACCUCAACCAACAGGAUGUUUUGGGAGAAACUCCACUCCAUAAGGCAGCGAAAGUUGGAAGCCUGGAGUGCCUUAGCCUCCUCGUGGCCAGUGAUGCCCAGAUUGGCUUAUGUAAUAAGAAUGGGCAAACAGCUGAAGAUCUUGCUUGGUCGUGUGGAUUUCCAGAAUGUGCCAGGUUUCUAACAACGGUUAAAUGUACGCAGACAACAAAAUCAUCGGGUGAUCCCUGUGCUCCAGUACUGAGACAGAAGCGAAGCUUACCAGGUGUGGAGAACAGAGCUUUGAAGAGGAAGUGUUGAUACCUUGCUGGGCAAGAAGAGGUUUGAAGAAGGGCUUCACUUCAGACUGAUCUACAAGCCAUGGCUGUGGCUUACCAUAUGGAUAAACUCCUGAGGAGGAAAACUUUCUUCUAAGUGAAGAGAACAUUCAUGAAUACAUGUAUUUACAUGACUGUAUCUUGCCUGUGCAUGCUAUGUCAUUUAACUUGCUAAAAG